AGCGUCGGGGCUGCGGGGCCAGCGGAGCUCCCUCGCUACAGCGGGAGGAGCCCUGUCCCUGCCGCCCGUGCGUCCCCUCAGGGUGCGGCUGAGGGCCCAAGCCUCCCUUCCUGCUCCGAGGUGGGUCCCACAGCGGAAAAAAGCUGUGAAAAGCCUCACGCAGGAAGUUCACACAAGUACCGGUUUACUUAAUGUCUUUUUGAGGUACGGUGGCAAAAAGAGGUGAGUUUCUCUGAAAAUCGCUGUUAAAAUACACAGCUGUGGGUUGAAGACACUCGGAUCGGCUAAACCAGGAUCGGUGAGGGCUACGUGGGCUUGUGAGGUGGCAGGACUGUUUUACACCUGACUGAGGGGGACUAAGAAGUUCUGCUUUUUAAACUGAUUUUUAGUACAAAGGAAAGCAUCUGUAUGUCAGUUGAACCCUGAAGUGCAAGCUAUCUAUUUAAGUGCCGUGGCAGCAUAGGGAGAGGCACAGCCAGACACGCUGGAGCAGCACUCUUUUACAUCGUGUCCUCUACACUCAGCAGUCAGAAAGCAGAUUGUCUUGACAAUUUUCUCUCAUUUGAGGAUAAUUAUAAUGCAAGGGCUUUUGAUUUUCCAGUCAAUAAAGACACUUGCUUUUCAAGACACUUGUAAAACCUAAAAUCCUUCAUAUUACGUAGAAAAGCAUCAACCUUAGAAAAUGCUCGGUAUUAAAAAGCACUUAUAGCCAUGUUUGUACAGAUCCAUGGAAUUUGGGAUUUGGGACUAAAAAAAAUUUCCACAGCUAUUGACAACUAAAGUAGGAAAAAAACCAAACAACAAACCAACAAAACGAAAAAAAAAAAAACAAACCCCAAAAAAUCCCAACCCCAAACAGAAAUAGGGAACUCACAGCCCUUGAACUUCAAAAGAAAGAUCCUUAACAGAGUUCUGAAUUUCCCGGCGUGAACUUAAUUUUCAGGUCUGCCUCUGCCCUGACUAGUGGAAAACCUACUGAUAUUUCUAGCUGUGUUGGACUGUGUUUAGAAUGAGAGGUUUACUAAAGUAAAUAAAUGAAUGGUUUUUUUAAGAGGGUAGGCUGUGUGCAAAGUGUUUGCCAGUGUAGAAAUGGCAUUACUUACAUGACAGAAUGCAGAGGUGUAAUAGCUAUAAAGAAAGAUAAAUCAGAACCUGGAAGUUAACCAUGACUUUUAAAAAUGGCGUAAGCAUAUGUAUAUUUGUCUUUAAGCGUGGGAUGGCUUGUAGGAUCAUUGUCUAUAGUUUAUCAUUUCUCUAUUUUGAAUAGUAGAAUAUUGGCAUAGCUUUUGGGCAGUGUAGUACUGGACAUGACAAAAUGUGUAAUAAACCUUAUGGAAGCUAAGCUGGCAGACGUCUUAAAAAAUGGAUAAUUUAUCUUAUUUUUCCAGCAGAAUCAGUAUGUUCCUAAUAGCCCUGACAUUUUUUUAGCAUGUUCUUAAAAGCAUCACUGAUGGAUAAUGCUGUGGAAUACCUCAAAACUAAACCAGUUUGACUGCUUGCAUAUCUUUGCAGGUGCAGACUGUUAAAGAGAUACCCAUAAUAGGCCCAUGUAAGUAUGAAAACAUAUUUCUUUUCAAUUUAUUGUGGGGGAAGUUAUGUCACAAAUACAAUAUACUGUUUCAGUAGGAAAAGAUCUCACCAUGGCACCAUCUGGAAGAAAGCAUGGAGGAAAAGCUGGUAAACCAGCACAGGAAGAUCAGACCAUACCUACUUUUGACUUUGAGGAGGAAAGAAAAGAACUGAGUGGAUCAGAGGAAGAUAUUAGAGAAGGUGACACACCAGUAAUGGACAAGCAUGGAAAGAAAAGACCUCUGGGCGCUACUCAUGUGGUUCCAGAUGAUGUGGGGGGUGAAGUACAGAAUAUGUUGGAGAGAUUUGGAGCUGACAUUAACAAGGCUCUCUUAGCUAAGAGGAAACGAUUAGAAAUGUAUACAAAAGCCUCACUCAAAACCAGUAACCAGAAGAUUGAACACGUAUGGAAAAUGCACAGGAGCAAAGUGUCUGUUUAUAGGCAGAAGCUCAAUCAUGAGUUCUCCCAGCAGUUCCUGACUUUAUUUCAGCAAUGGGAUGUAGAUGUGCAAAAGGCAGAGGAGCAGGAAGAAAAACUAGCAAAUAUGCUUCGUCAACAACAAAAAGUCUUUCAACAGGCAAGAAUAGUUCAAAGUCAGAGAUUGAAAACCAUUAAGCAACUCUAUGAGCAAUUCUUAAAGAGCAUGGAAGAGCUGGAGAAGAGCAAUGAAAAUCUUCUGGCUGGUGCCCAAAAUGAACUUCGCAAGGAAAUGGCGAUGUUGCAGAAGAAGAUUAUGAUGGACACUCAACAGCAGGAGAUGGCAACUGUUCGCAAGUCUCUUCAGUCCAUGUUAUUCUGAUGGCUCAGUGGAAGAGCAACUUGUACCUAAGUAACACGAUACAAGUACAGGCAUUAGAAGGAUGUUGAGAUUUUAAAUGUUUCAAGGUUCCUAUUAAACUCUUUCCUGGAUUGUUCUAACCUUGUCUGUUAAUGUUCUAAGAACAUAUCCUAGUAAACUUUUAUUACUGGGGAGCACUGUGGAUGCCAAACUAUUCACUGUCUGUUCUGUUGAUUUUUAAAAAUUUCAUAUUCAUGUCCAAUAGCAUUGGACUGUUACAAUUGUUUCACUUUUUCUAACAUCAAAUUGUAAUAAGGGGAAGAAUUAAUGAAACAUGCAUUACCCAGAUUUUACAUAAUAACUUGAGGCCUUUAGGUACAUUGUGCAAAUAGAAGCAUUUCUAACAAGCUUCAGAUUUUCACAGUUUCAACAUUUAGUCUGCUGAUAUAUUAGCUGUUAUAAAAAUUCACAGGGUAUGACAUAGCUCAGAUAGAAUUGUUUAAUGAUGUGUAUUAUGGUAAAUUAAAGUAAAUUUUGUUAACUCUUUUGUUAGUCUAGACAUUGUACUAUCUUUGUAUUAGUAAGAGAUUUAUAAACUGCUGUAAUUUUUACUGAAAAUGCUGUUUUUUGGUUUUUUAUGAGCUUAAUGCAUCAGCUCAAGUAAUGAUAAUUAAACAUUAUGCAUUUUGGGGUCUACUUUUUGUAGAACCACUGCUACAAGAAAUCUACCUCAUUUAUUUAGUACAGGCUAUUACAAAUAUUACUUUUUGCAAUUCCAAAUGACUAGCAAUUUAGGGAGGCCUGAGUUUUAAGGGUAAGGCAUUUGCCUUUCAUGUACCAUGCAGUUUGUUUUUACAGAAAACCAUUAUACCUGAAUAUCUACUUUUAAAAAUUAAGUAGUUGUCAACGUAUUUAAUACUUUGAUUUAAUACACAGUAGAUAAAACAAACCAUCCACACACCCACACACACAAAAUGCGAUGUUUUCACAACAUUGUGUUUCAAAACCAUAUUUUUCUUCUUCAUCACCAGAUUAGUGAUGGCUAACUUGCAGUAACUUCAGCUAUUUGAUUGAAAUGAGUAUGGAACUUCUUGUUCUGCCUCUGCUAGGAUUCAGGACAGGAGCAACGUGGAAGUUCCACUGCUACACUGAUGCAUGAGGCGAUACGGGCUUCUCAUGGGUAACCAGUAACAAUGCUGAUUUGUAAUUACUCAGUCUUGGCCCUCUAAGGACAAUUACAGGAGGCUAUAAAAUAGGUGACAGGUUCUGCUUCAGAUCUUCGAGGUAAUUUGUUAGCAAUAUCUCCUGGUUCUGGUUUUGUUUAUUAGUCUUGAGUCAUGGUUCUGGUUUUCUGAGUGCUUUUUGCAUUAGUUUUCUAUUAUCCACAUACCUCAAUCAUAUCCUCAAAACUACUUAUACCUACUAUGCCAGGACACAGUUUUGACCAUUGUGGAGAACUCACUCAUUUCACUCUAAAGACAUGUCUGUGUCUUUUUAUCAGGAGGUUAAUUUUCUUACAGUAUUCAGCCAAAGUAAAAUGGUCAUUAACAUCUUCUUUUCUAUUUGACCAUGGCCUGGGUUCAGGCUAAAUUCACGUGUAGAUGCUGUGUCAUUUCCAUCCUCUAACAGGAAUAGUAGGAUUUAUUCUGUAUUGGUAUUAGUCACUUUGAGUUGUCAUCCUGUGGCAGUAACUGUUACAGUUAUCCCUCAAAAAGAUCAUUAUACUCUUCUUAGGCAUGAGGGAAGUGGACACUGUUUUAUCCCCUCCAGAACCAGCAGGCAAUACACCACUUUAAAAAUUCCUUGAAUGCCUCAGGAAGUAUUUUUGAAUGAAUAAGCAGUUGGGAAGUUCCAGUGGUAGUAUUUUUAAAAUAAACCAUGGCAUUCUUGAUUGGACGGUUCAGGAAGGACUUCAUUAACUCAGAACUCAGGUACUAUCAGCAGCUGGAAGGAGUCAUGCACACUUACAUUCAACAGCUUUUUGCAUAAACCACAUUCAAAUAGUACCUCUUGAAAGGAGCUUAAGCUUACAGGGUUUGUGUGCAAGUGAUCAUUUUUUCAUACAGAUGACAAGCUACUUUAAUUCAGCUUUUCUAUAAUGGCAACAGCCCUCUUGUUAGGUGUAUUAUGUUACCCAGUGAGUCUGUUCUUAAAGGAAGAGAGAGGCUGAUAUUGGCUCUGAGUUCCUGUUUUGGAGUGUUUUACAUUAUGGCCCAGUUUUGUGCUCUUUUGUUUGGAUAAAGUACAGUGGGAGCUAUGAGAUAAUAGGAUCAGUUGUAAGGUAAAUGAACACAGCGAUAGCAAAAGCACCACAGACGGAAAUACAGAAUGGUGGUGGGCUGCAGUGCUGGAGCCACAGGCAUUGAAGUUUAACAAGUAACUUUGUCCUUCACUUGCAUAGGCUUACAGAUACAAAAGUUAGAGUCCUCUCCUUACAUAGCUACCUGUAGUCUAGAUAAGGAUGAAGCACAAUGAGACUAAUCUUACUAUGACCACAAAAAUAGAAACUGGCCUUGAAAAAAAGUGCAAGUUAAAAUUUUAUGUGGUAGCAGUAGGUUAUGAACUUAGAUACUGGAGAAUUGCUUGAAUUCUAAAGGCACUCAUAACAGUACUUUAAAGUAGAAAAAAUUUUUUGA